AUGACUGCACUAUUAGAUAUGAAUAAUGACUGGUGCUUUAACAUUGACCGAGGGAUGUUAAACGGUGUCGUCUUCUUAGAAUUAAAGAAAGCUUUUGACACCGUUGAUCAUCUUAUUCUUGUGACCAAAUUAGAAUAUUUAGGAUUGGAAAAAAUAGCGGUUGAUUGGUUUCGAUCCUAUCUGAGUGACAGGUACCAAAGAUGCUUUGUCAAUGGGUGUUUGUCAGAUGAGAUUAAAAUUACUUGUGGUGUUCCCCAAGGCUCUGUACUUGGACCUCUACUCUUUCUCAUAUACAUCAACGAUUUGGCAUCUUGCUUUGAUCACGGCACUGCACGAAUGUAUGCUGAUGAUACAAAUUUGUUCUUUUCUGCAUGUAUUCCUGUUGAACUUCAGCGUCAAAUGGAACGUGAUUUAAGAAAACUUGAAUUAUGGCUUAAAGCUAAUAAAUUAACUCUAAACGCCUUAAAAACUGAAAAUAUGAUUAUAGGAACUCGGCAAAGGAUUGCUUCAUUGAUCGACGAUGUUGCACUUUCUAUUGGAGGUAUUUCACUUUGUAAAGUAGGCUAA